GGGGCGGCGCCGAUGGCAGCCCCGCGGCGGGGUCCUUUCCGCGGACCGUGGUGACUGAGCGGGCGGCGAGGGCUGCACACCGCGCGCGCGGGGGCGGGACGGUUUCCGCUUCCGGGUCGCCGCUCGGGGCCGGGGGGGGCCCUCGCUGCAGUUGCCGCCGCUGCCGCCAUCGCCGCGAUGCCGAAAGGAGGUAGAAAAGGAGGCCACAAAGGCCGAGCAAGACAGUACACGAGUCCUGAAGAGAUUGAUGCCCAGCUUCAAGCAGAAAAGCAAAAGGCGAGGGAAGAAGAGGAACAAGAAGAAGGAGGCGAAGGAGCAACAGGGGACCCUAAAAAGGAGAAGAAGUCUUUAGAUUCUGAUGAGAGUGAUGAAGAUGACGAGGACUAUCAGCAAAAGCGCAAAGGAGUGGAAGGGUUGAUAGACAUAGAGAAUCCCAACCGUGUAAUUCAGACAACCAAAAAAGUCACUCAGCUGGACCUGGACGGACCCAAGGAGCUCUCACGACGGGAGCGAGAGGAGAUAGAGAAACAAAAGGCAAAAGAAAGAUACAUGAAAAUGCACCUAGCUGGUAAAACAGAACAAGCGAAGGCCGAUCUCGCCCGACUAGCCAUCAUUCGGAAGCAAAGGGAAGAAGCUGCCAGAAAGAAAGAAGAAGAAAGGAAAGCAAAAGACGAAGCGGCCAUGGCAGGUAAAAGACUGCAGUCACUAUCCCUUAACAAGUAAGCGCAGGACACGUAAGAGGAGGAAACGCCAGGGAACUGUGCCUGGUGCCCGCCGGGAGCUCUGUCGUGUUGCAUACCAUGGGUGUACUGCGGCAUCGAAGUCACCUUCACCUCCAAGAGACACCGACAACGUGUUUGUCCUCAUCCUGGCACAGAUUUCUUUCCAUUUGGGGUUAGGGGCAGCUGCGACCUUCGGUGCAGAACUGUGCUGAACAGCGAUUCUCUGUAACAGUUUGGAAACCUGAAUGUUGUUUUUUUUUUUGCUGUUUUUAGGAUUAAGAACUCAUCUAGACAAGGGGGAACAGGGUGGGAGGGGAGGUGCUUCAAAUAUUAGAUUGCAAGAAAAUUAGAUUGUGGGGUGAUUGUGGGGUGGGGCAUGGGGUGGGGAACCUUGACUUGCUAGUGAAAGCCUGAAGGAUGAUGUAUCUGAGGAAUCCUUUUGGCCAAGUGGCCCAUCAAAUUCUGCUGUGGGGUGUUGCAGUAUAAGCUGGGAGCCUGACGUCACGGACAUCUGGAGUGCUGUUCCUUCCCGGUUUCAUCCCUCCUUUCUUGCAGCCGGUCUCCCUUUUUCCCUCCUCUUCAUUUGUUGGGUUUUUUUGGGUUUUUUUUUUUUACCCUUUUCCUUACUAGGGAUAGUGCCAGUUUUUAACCACAUCAUCCUUUGUUUAAAGGAAAAAUAAAAGAACAUGUAUCAGACCCAGAUGGAAAACAAAAGACAACUUGAUAAAGCUUAAAAAACAAGAACAGAACUUGUAUAUUUGGCUGAUUAAAAAGUAAGUUAUCAUAA